UACUCUCCACAGGUGAUGAUCACUUCUUGCUGGCGCUGACAGAAACCUCUUCAGGAACAUGAUGGCUGUACGAGGAACCAUUCCACCUCCAGAUUACUACCCGUUUGAUAUCGCUCUCUCUGCCCAGCCACCUGAGGAUCUGCAGGGGUUUUACAAGGGAAACCAACAGAUGCUAAGCAGAUCAGGAUCGCAUUAUGGUUUGGCCGCAGGAGGGGUCAGGUCCGUUUGGGAUCAAGGGCAGACUAGGGCGACUACCCCCGCGGCCGGUCCUGCGCCUCCUCCUCCACCUCCACCCCCUCCCCCGGCUCAUGAGAUCAGCCGGCUGUACAGGGAUUCUCUGGCUGCCAAGAUGAUUUCAGAUAAUCAGCGUGCUCGCAGUAGAGCCGCCUCACCCGCCUGCUUCGGCAUCGAGUCGGCCGCGUCCAGGUUCCAGGCCGAUCAGGGUCAUUCUGUGUACGGUGACAUCAACGGCAUCCCUCUUGAGUCCAGUCAGCCCCACUCCACCUGUAUUGUGAUGGAUCCCACGGCUUCGGUCAUGGACGGAAAUCUCUCUCGAGGGACGGCAGCUUACGGCUCGGUAGCGAACCAGAGGAUGCCCUACGACCCUGCUUAUGACCCGAGUGCAGGAGGGACAGGUCCAGCGGCUGUUUCCGCAGACCCGAAGAGAAGUGCCGAUCCGGGGUUCCUGGCCCUGCUGCGCUCCGAGGGACUGUCGGAAAGCACCAUAAAUCUGCUCCUACAGCAGGGGUUCGACUCCGCCGCCAUGCUGGCCAUGAUGGAAGACCACGACAUCCGCUCGGUGGCGCCAAACUUAGGACAGGUACGCGCCCUGUCUCGAGUGGUUCUCAGUUGUAAGACGGGCGCGACGGGUGCCGGCGUUCUGCGGGGUCGCUCCAACAGCUUCAGUCACCGCAACGAUCUCUACGUUCAGCCUCAGGCCCUCGGCGCAGACGCUCACUUCAUGCAACAGCCGCCCGGCGAGAGAGCGGGAGAGUUUCUGGGUCGCCGGCCAAGCAGCGCUCCCUCUCAGCAUCUACUAGAAACCACAACAUACCCGGCGGUUCGACCGCUAGCGGGUCUUCACGUCAGUCCCGGCGUUUACGCUACCGGUUUACCGCAGACGCGACCACUGUCCAUGUACAACGCCCACAGCGGUCUCGGUGUGCCCACACAGCCAGGUCAACCUAAGACCUUCUCUGGCACCUACGCUCCCAUGGAGCUGAUGAAGCGUCCACCGAACCUGCCUCCUCUAUCUCCAAGUCAAAGUCCUCAUCACAGCCCUCAGUUACUGAGAAAAGGAGGCGCUCCCCUGGACGCUGCGGUUCUCCAGGUGUCUUCUGCCCUACAGGCUCAGACCAUUAAUCCAAACAACAAGUUGACCCGUCGAACAGGACCACCGGUCAUCGUGUCCACAAUGGGUUCUCCUGACACAAGUAUCAGACCUCAGAUCAUGAACGGUUCUCUUCAUCCUCGUCCUCUGGUGGCUCUGUUGGACGGCCGUGACUGUACCGUGGAGAUGCCCAUCCUGAAAGAUCUCGCGACUGUAGCUUUCUGUGAUGCCCAAUCCACACAAGAGAUUCAUGAGAAGGUGUUAAAUGAGGCUGUCGGUGCGCUGAUGUAUCACACCAUUACUCUGACACGAGAAGAUCUGGAGAAGUUUAAAGCCCUCAGGAUUAUUAUACUCAUUGGCAGCGGAUAUGAUAAUAUAGACAUCAAAGCGGCUGGAGAGCUCGGUAUUGCGGUGUGUAAUAUACCAUCAGCUGCAGUGGAGGAAACGGCAGAUUCAACACUGUGUCAUAUUCUGAAUCUUUACCGGAGGAACACGUGGCUUUAUCAGGCCUUGAGGGAGGGCACACGCGUGCACAGCGUCGAGCAGAUUCGCGAGGUGGCGUCAGGAGCCGCACGCAUCCGUGGAGAAACGCUUGGACUCAUCGGCUUCGGUCGCUCAGGUCAAGCUGUCGCCGUCAGGGCCAAAGUGUUUGGCUUCAAUGUGAUCUUUUAUGAUCCGUACCUGCAGGACGGUCUGGAGAGAUCACUGGGUGUUCAGCGUGUUUAUACGCUACAGGAUCUGCUGUACCAGAGCGACUGUGUUUCUCUACACUGUAACCUGAAUGAACAUAAUCAUCAUCUCAUCAAUGACUUCACCAUCAAACAGAUGCGUCAGGGUGCAUUUCUGGUGAACACAUCACGCGGUGGUCUGGUGGAUGAGAAAGCUCUCGCUCAGGCUCUGAAAGAGGGACGAAUACGUGGAGCUGCUCUUGAUGUGCAUGAGACCGAACCGUUCAGUUUUGCACAAGGGGCUUUGAAAGACGCCCCGAAUCUGAUCUGCACUCCGCACACGGCCUGGUACAGUGAACAAGCAUCAUUAGAGAUGAGAGAAGCGGCCGCCACAGAGAUACGGAGAGCCAUUACAGGUCGGAUUCCAGACAGUCUGAGAAAUUGUGUUAAUAAAGAGUUCUUCAUGACCUCAGGACCCUGGAGCGUCAUCGAUCAACAAGGUGUUCAUCAUGAACUUAAUGGAGCUCCAUACAGCCAAGUCAACCAAUCACUGCACGCCAUUACUACAGGCUCCGCCCCCCACGACAAAAUCAAUGCUUGAAUGAGCAGCAGGUCAUCAGUUGUGAUGGGUGUGGCAUCAGGGGGCGUUCCUGCAGGUUCAGGUGCACUGCCAGUUGUCCAAUCGGUGCCCUCGACACAUACAGAGAGCAGAGAUGAUGUGACAGAGCAGAAACACUGAAGCUGAAC